CUUCUUCGCUGUGGUUGAAAGUUUUAAACUUUACGUCAGGAAGGAGAAAGAGAGAAGAGCUAUGUCUCAGACUGUGGUUCUAAAGGUGGCUAUGCCAUGUGAGGGAUGCGUUGGAGCUGUGAAAAGAGUCUUGGGCAAAAUGCAAGGAGUGGAGUCAUUUGAUGUGGAUCUGAAAGAACAGAAGGUGACGGUGAAAGGCAACGUGGAGCCAGAAGCUGUUCUUCAGACAGUUUCAAAGACGGGAAAGAAAACUAGUUUCUGGGGAGCCGAGGCUGAAGCCUCAGAAGAGGCCAAGGCCUAACCUAAAGGGGGAAGAAGCAAGAAGUCUUGACUCUGUUUUAACAGAGCAAAAUAUAAAUCAUAUGUAACAAAAAGUCAAUAAAAACCCCUUUCGUUUUCAAAGAAGAAAAUGCUCGGUCUUGUUGUAAUCAUCAUCUCGUGUGUUUCUCACAUCUCAAAGUUGUCUCAAGGCUCAAAGCUA